GCCGCCGUGCUGCCGCGGGUGCUCCGAGGGCAGCAUCCUCGCGGCCCCGGCCGCGGAGCAGCUGCGCGGAUGGCUGGACACCGUGGCAGACGUGGGCACGCUCGUCUUCUCGCUGAUGGCCGCCAAGAUUGCUCUCGGCUGGGUGCAGCCCCGGGGGCACAUCGAGGCCGUGGUGGAGCGGCGGCACCUGAUGGACAAGCCGACGGCGGACUUCGACCUCGUCCGGCCACUGCUCAGCCACUUCUUGGAGGGCGUGUCCAGCAAGGCGGCCGCGGCGUCGCGGCAGGAGCAGGAGCGCCUCCACCGCACCAUGUCGGACGUCCACAUCGAGGAGGACCCCGGCGAGGCCGGCCGGGGCGUGCUGAACUUCGAGGUGCUGGGGGACGAGGGAGACGACGACGGCGAUUGGGGGGUCUUCCUCAAGGAGACCCGGCUGGUCGAGCCCAGUGACUACAUCUGCCCCUGGUCGUUGAAGGUCAACGUGCCCCGGCGCUGCCUGGGCAUCCCCCCCGACGAGGCGGUGCUCGCGGCCUGGGGCGAGCUGCCCUCCCAGCUGUGGGGCACGGGCAG